AUGCAGGUGCUUCCUAGUGCGGAGGAGCUGGACAUGGGGGAGUUCCCCCGGUGCCGUCUGUGCCCCUGGUCCCAGCGACCUCAUUUGUUGUGCCACGGCCACGAGGUGCAUCAGAACCGGCUGGAGGAGCUGCCCCGGGACGGGCAGGGCUGGGACGUGCGCGCAGCGGGCACCAGGCGAAGCAUGAACCUGUUUGCAGGAGCUCACGAGACCCGGGCUGUGGAGGCCAGCACCCUUCAGCAGGAGAGGCUGCAGGCCAUCGCGGAGAAGCGGAAGCGUCAGACGGAGAUCGAGAACAAGAGGCGGCAGCUCGAGGAUGACCGGCGGCAGCUGCAGCAUCUCAAGUCCAAGGCUCUGCGGGAGAGGUGGCUGCUGGAGGGGGCCCCGUCCUCCGCCUCCGAGGAGGAUGAGGCGAUGAAGAAGCAAAUGCAGGAGGAUGAAGUGAAGACCAAGGAGCUGGAGGAAACCAUCCAGAGGCUGGAGAAGGAGCUGGAGACGCUGGAGAACAGCAGCUCGGUGGCGUCCACCAAGGAGAACCUGGCCGAGGUGGCGGCGGUGCCGGCCAAGGAGGAGAAGGCAGAGAACGUCCCCAACGCGCAGAAGAGUCCCCUGGGCACGGCCGUAGCCAAGAAGGUCUCCAGCAGCCCCAUGAAGGCAGUGGAAGGCACUGACAUGAUGAAGGCAGCCAUGUACUCAGUGGAGAUCACAGUGGAGAAGGACAGAGUUACUGGGGAGACCAAGGUCCUGUCCAGCACCACCCUUCUCCCCCAGAACCAUUGUCUGCAAGGGGUCAAAGUGUACGAGGAUGAGCUAAAAGUGGUGCACGCGGUGAGCGCCGAGGCUGGGGCCCUGCAGAACGGGGCCCACCCGCUCAGCUCCUCGGAGGUCGACGAGCUCCUUCACAAGGCGGACGAGGUGACCCUGAGCGAGGCCAAGGCGGGCGAGGAGGUGCCCGGCAGUGCCCCGUCCAGCCAGAAGCCGACGCCGCGCAGGGAGAUCACGGGGCUGCAGGCGAAGCCGCGGGAAAACUCCACGGCGCUGCCACCGGGCGAGGGCGCGGAGCCGAGCCGGGAGCAGCCGGUCACCAUGAUCUUCAUGGGCUACCAGAACGUGGAAGACGAGAACGAGACCAAGAAGGUGCUGGGGCUGGAGGGCACCAUCAAGGCUGAGCUGGUGGUGAUCGAGGACGCCGAGAGCAAGCCGGAGCCAGCGGGCAAGGACCACGCACCGCCCAACGGCACCGCGCUGGAGCCUGCGGCCGCCGCGCCGCAGGGGGAGGAGGCCCCGGGCGGGCAGAAGCUGGGCGCCAACGCCACGGAAGCCAAGGAGGCCGAGCAGGACAUGGACGCGAAGAAGCAGCGCUGCAAAUGCUGCACGGUGAUGUGAGCCCCGCGGCCGGCGAGAGCAGGCUGCCCCGCCGAGCCCCUCCGCCCCCGCUCCCCAGGCCCGCGGCCCCGCAGGACACAGGGUUAUUUACUGGCCAGACACAGCCCCCUUUUUUCUUAAGAACUGGGGAAAUCCAGCGCGGUGGUUGUAAAGCCUACAAAAGGCGGCAGCACACCGAGGCCGUGGCAUCGCUCGCCCCGUCUGUCCAACGCCCGCUCCGUGCGACACCCCCAGUGCUGCGUGUGAUAUUUAUUAGAGACCCCCCCCACGCCCCACGUUUCGCCUGCCCCUCCCCACAGCCCUGCCUCACCCCGGCGCAGACACCGGGGGCGUUUUCCUCCUUCCUCCAGCAAUUUCCCACCUGCCGUUGGAAGACGGACGCCGGCCGGGCCAGGGGACAGAGACAAGUCCAGCAGCCGGCAGGACCCGCGGUCACCCAGCCCGCAGCACGGCGCGAAGCCCCCCACCAGCCCUUCCCUGCACCUCCAGCGCCAUCUCUCCAGCACAUCCCCGGCCCAGCUCCAUCCUGGGGGCUUGGCCAUCGUCGGCUCCAUGAUGCUGGGCUCGGCCGGGCUGUCGGUGCGGUGCCGGGAGCACUCAGGGUGCUGUGGACCAGGCACAGCCCCCUCGGGGUGGGCGCAGCCUGGGUCCGGGCAGGGAGCCUGGCUCCGCUCUCCUGGACUCUCCUCUCCGUGCGGGAGCUCCUCGCCCUGCUGCUCGUGGUGACGGCAGCCAUCGGCCAGGUACCGACGCCACCACCGCUGCCGCGGGGCCGUUCCUCCCUCAGCUGCCCUGCCGCUGUCCCUGGGCUCCAGCACCUGAGGGGGGCGAGCGGGGCCGUGUCUGGGUGCCCACUGCCCAUGCAGGGGGGCGGCGAUGGCUGGGGGCAGCCCGCGAGGGCAGCGAGCGGAGGGGGAGCGGGGGGUCCCAGCCCACAGGGAUGGGAUCGGGGCUUGGACCUGCCUGUGACACCCCGCAGCAGCGGGGGGGUGGCCCAGAGCCCCCCAGCCCUGCCCUGGGAUGGCCCCCGCGCCCUCACCACGUCCUCCUGGCCCC